GAUGAAACCAGUUUAGUGAAGUGCUGUAGCAGCUCGAGAGGUGUUCUUCCAUCCUAGUUCGUGUAGGACUUUUGACAAGCAACUUCUGGGCGAUUCAAUAUCAUCGGUGGAGAUGAUUCUUUAAAAUAUCACCGAAAUUCUUCAGCUUUUGCCAUAAGCUAGCGGUCCUUGGUAUCAGCACGUCGAUUGCCUCAGCUGUACGUGAUUGUAGAGGGAAGCACAAACAGAAUUUGUGCAUCGACCAAUUUAGUGCGAAAAGAGAAUGGCAAUUGACGUGGGUAACAUCUGCAACUGCCUCUGCUCCGACGCCGACGACGCGGUGCAGGCUAUGCUGCGUGAAAACGUCCCCACCCGCUAGUCAACAUGGGAAUUCCUGCAAGACAUUUCCAGAACGUUUGGGACUCACGCAUGACAAGUUUGGUUACUUACGCAGUAUAGUCGUGCUUAGGUAGUCCUCCAGACGCAUGACAAAGCCAUUCGCGCAUCCUGAUUAGCGCGCGACCGACUUCCAAACAGUAGAAACCGCCUCCUCGGCGGACCCGCGUGAGAGAUGCUGGGCUAUUCAUGGGAAUACGCUGCACAACUAGUUUGUGGUGGGGACGUUUUUCCUCGCGAUACAAGACGAACUAGACGAGGAGUUUUACGCGAGCGGCGAGGAGGUCACGGAUGUCACUGCCGAAGCGACGGAGCCGGGUACGCCUGGUGGAGGAAGCAGUCCGUCAUUAGUUCCUUCUGGAUCUUCAUCUAGUGGAUCAUCCUCCAGUGCAACCAGGGGCGAGGCGAAAAACUCCAUCGCCACUGCAACCAAUGAGGUGCCUGCGUCGGUAUCUUCUACUUCCGCAGCGACUGCUGUCGGCGGGCAGAGCAGUACCAGCAGCAGUAGCAGUUCCGCCGCUCCGGCAGCGACCACAGCGAAGUCCGCCGCUACACACAAGACAAGCGUGAGAAAGACUAAGGAAACAGCGUCACUCAGAUGGGGCGGAAAAAUACACGGCGAAACUGUUUAUCGGCGAGAAAUCACAAAACGCCUCACCACCUCCAGUAAGGACACUUCUAGUGCAAGCUCGACAAAACGAAAGAAGAAGAAACCGAAAUCCAUCUUGAUACCCAGUAAGAAAGGCUGCUCGCUGUGCGAACCGUCGUUGCUAUCAAGAUGAAAAGAGUAGUUCCGCUGGCGCCAGCGUCGAAAAGCGUACCUGUUGUGACGGGUCGAAUUUGUAUUUAUACGAAGCGCGCAAUUAUCAGAUUUAGCAUAACCAGAGUCACUUGCACCCAAAAAGCCAGCAAAUAAGGGCUAAAAUGACCCGUACGGCGACCUGGAUUUCUUUGCCCACCCCGCUGCACGAAUUGCUGAUGUCCUGCCCUAUGAUGAAAUAAAACAUCAAUAUCAUCAUGCACCCAUGCGUGUCUCUGGUCGAGCUGCUUCGUUAAGUGCUCUUUUCUGUGGUAGUACGUCCAGCAGUAGGAACAAACUCUUUUCCAAGUGAUUCUUGUGUGUCCAGUACUUCGCUGCUUGCACGGAGUCGAGCGCGAUCUCGGUGCACUGCAUGGACCGGACGAGUCUGUUUCCCUUUUUGUCCGUCUCUUCUUUGAUGCUAGUCGUGGUGUUGCUCACUCUGAUGGCGUGCUUCCGGCGGAAAAAGUUCGUGCGCAACGUGUACGGCAGCUGGAUUUUGCCUCUGCUGUCAACUACGACCACGGGGACGAGUGCCGGCGAAACUUCCUCGUACGCGGCGCAGAACGACGCCAGUGCGACUGCUGUAAACGGUGGUGGCGGAAACGUGCGUUCGAGUCAGAAUUGAGAAGAGAACAAAAACUCGUGAUAUUUCCAUCCGACCAAGUAGAAGGAAUGUUCGGGGAAAUAACCGAAAACUCAGAUUGCGCUGUUUCUGGUACACAUUACGGGAUUUGUUUGCAUUCGUGGGAAGAUGCUUAGAAGGACGCGAAGAAUCACUUUUAUCUUCUGAAAAGCUCGAACAUAAUGAGGUUCGCGUAAAAAUUGCGCGCGUGUCAGAAUU